AUGACACUGACUUCAAAAAAAGAAGGUUUAUUUUCAAUUGACAGGAUGCCAGCAGCAACACCACCAGCCGAAAAUGGCGCGCCGCGCAGCGAGCUGGAACAGCUCCAAUUACGUGCCGGACAAGUUACUGAUGAGUCCCUGGAGUCAACGCGACGUAUGAUGCAACUAUGCGAGGAGAGUCACGAGGUGGGCAUGAAAACCCUGGUCAUGCUGGAUGAACAGGGCGAGCAAUUGGAUAGAAUCGAAGAGGGGAUGGAUCAGAUCAACGCGGACAUGCGUGAAGCGGAGAAGAAUCUUUCCGGUAUGGAGAAAUGUUGCGGUAUCUGCGUAUUGCCAUGCAACAAGGGUGCUUCGUUUAAGGAGGACGAUGGCACAUGGAAAGGAAAUGAUGACGGUAAGGUCGUGAACAAUCAGCCGCAGCGAGUGAUGGACGAACGUAACGGCAUCGGUCCGCAGGCUGGUUACAUUGGCAGGAUAACAAACGACGCCCGAGAAGAUGAAAUGGAGGAGAACAUGGGCCAAGUGAACACGAUGAUUGGUAAUUUGCGUAACAUGGCCAUCGACAUGGGCUCCGAGCUCGAGAACCAGAACCGGCAGAUCGACCGCAUCAACCGCAAGGGUGAAUCGAAUGAAACGAGAAUAAAGGUCGCCAACCAGCGCGCCCACGAGCUCCUCAAGUAA